UCUAAUGUCUUCCAACAAAUCUGUUGUAUUCCAUAAACACGAUGAGACUCGGCAAUAUACAGCUACUCUUAUUAUGUCUCAUAUUCACAACAGUACUCGUACUCACCGAGUCAACUCAGCCACCGUUCGCCUGCGACUCAUCCAAACCCGCCACCAAAUCAUUCCCAUUCUGCAAAACCACACUACCCAUCUCCGCCCGUGUCAAAGACCUCGUCUCCCGCCUCACCCUCGACGAGAAGAUCUUGCAGCUCGUGAACACCGCGCCGGCGAUCCCACGACUCGGUAUCCCUGCCUAUGAGUGGUGGUCGGAGGCAUUGCACGGCGUUUCAAACUCGGGAUAUGGCAUUCGCUUCAAUGGCACUAUCAAGUCCGCCACCAGUUUCCCUCAAGUUAUCCUCACCGCUGCUUCUUUUGAUGCCAGAUUGUGGUAUCGAAUCGGUCAGGCAAUUGGAUUGGAGGCGAGGGCUGUUUAUAAUCAAGGCCAAGCCAAUGGAAUGACAUUUUGGGCCCCAAACAUUAACGUGUUUAGGGACCCAAGGUGGGGUAGAGGUCAAGAGACACCUGGCGAAGACCCAUUGGUCAGUGGCAAAUAUGCAAUUUCUUAUGUUAGAGGGGUCCAAGGUGACAAUUUUGAAGGUGGAGGUCUUAAAGAUGGACAUCUUCAAGCUUCUGCUUGUUGCAAACACUUCACUGCCUAUGAUUUGGAUCAUUGGAAUGGUGUUAGCAGAUUUGGUUAUGAUGCUAAGGUGACAAAACAAGAUCUUGCUGACACUUAUCAACCACCAUUUCAAAGUUGCAUACAACGUGCUGGAGCUAGCGGAAUCAUGUGCGCUUAUAACCGUGUCAAUGGAGUCCCAAAUUGUGCUGAUGAAAAUCUUUUAUCCAACAUUGCCCGGAAGCAAUGGGGUUUUAAAGGGUACAUCACUUCAGACUGUGAUGCAGUAUCCAUCAUAUAUGAUGUUCAUAAAUAUGCCAAAACACCAGAAGAUGCAGUUGCUGAUGUACUUAAAGCAGGCAUGGAUGUAGACUGUGGUUUCUACUUGAAGAACCACACCAAAUCAGCAGUCCAAAAGAAGAAAGUCCUUGAAUCGGACAUAGACAGAGCACUUACCAACCUCUUCACCAUGAGAAUGAGACUCGGUUUGUUCAAUGGCAACCCAGCCACACUCCCAUACGGCUCAAUCGGUCCGAACCAAGUCUGCACCAAAGCGCACCAAGACCUAGCCCUUGACGCUGCAAGAAACGGAAUUGUACUUCUAAAGAACUCCGCUAAACUCCUCCCAUUGAAAAAGACCAUUUCGUCCUUAGCCGUUAUUGGCCCUAACGCCAAUUCCGCUUAUACCCUCGUCGGAAACUACGCAGGCCCACCUUGCAAAUCCAUCGAGCCUCUCAAAGCCCUUCAGAGCUAUGUGAAAAACACGCAGUACCAUAAAGGGUGUAACUUUGUUAAUUGCACAUCGGCUUCGAUCAAUGAGGCUGUUGAGGUGGCUAAAAAGGCGGAUUAUGUGGUUUUGUUUAUGGGGUUGGAUCAGGGGGAGGAAAGGGAGGAUUUUGAUCGGGUUGAUUUGGUGCUUCCGGGGAAGCAACGGGAUCUGAUUAGUAGUGUGGCUAAAGCGGCUAAAAAACCGGUGAUUUUGGUGAUGAUUUGUGGAGGUCCGGUGGAUAUUUCGUUUGCUAAACGUGAUCCCAAGAUUGGUGGAAUCUUGUGGGCCGGUUAUCCUGGUGAAUCCGGUGGUAUUGCACUUGCGGAGAUCAUCUUUGGUGAUCAUAAUCCAGGAGGGAAGCUACCAAUGACAUGGUACCCAAAAGAGUUCGUGAAGAUACCAAUGACAGACAUGAGAAUGAGACCACAACCAUCCUCUGGUUAUCCCGGGCGUACGUAUAGAUUCUACACAGGCAGAAAAGUUUUCCGGUUUGGCUAUGGGCUCAGCUACUCAAAGUACACAUACGAAUUUGUAUCUGUCACACAAAACAAACUCUCCUUAACCCAAAUUUCAAACACCGGUUUCACCCUUCAGAAUUCCGAUUCCGUUCAUUACACACCAAUCUCCGACACCGAAACCGAAUCAUGUGAAAAGUCCAAGUUUUCAGCCACCAUCGGAAUCCAGAAUCACGGGGAAAUGGAAGGGAAACAUGCGGUUUUGCUGUUUGUGAAGCAAGACGGAAUUGAGAACGGAAAGGCUAGGAAGCAGUUGGCGGCAUUCGAGAGUGUGAAAACGAAAGGCGGAGAAAGGGUUGAAGUUGAAUUUGUGAUCAAUCCGUGUGAGCAUUUUAGGACAGCAAAUGAAGAUGGGUUGAUGGUGAUUGAAGAGGGGUCUCGUUAUCUUGCUGUUGGUGAUCAGCAAUAUGAGAUUAGUGUUUCAGCUUGAUGUUUGACGGAUCUUCAAAUGGGCUGAUUCGAGCUAUUGUGCAUUGCGGUUUUUAUGUGGAGUUUUGUGGUUUGUUUUUAGAGCAAUGUACUUUGUGGAGGGAAACACGAAUACACGGUUGUUUAUUUAACAAUUCUAUUUAGUAAUAUUUGAACCUAUGAAGUUCUGUCAUUGACACAUUAAAUCGAAGAGUUCUUAUUAUUACUGAAAAUUAAUGAAGUGAUCAAAUGAUUUAUUAUUA